CGGUGGGUAAAUAUUAGUCACGGCACGGCCGGCCCGAACGCUUUGGUGGAGGCGGCGGCUUCUCGCUGAAGAAUCGCUGCUAUUUUUAUGCUGUUGGCGGAGGAAGGAAUAAUUUGGCAUCCUUGCCUGCCGUACGAGUGGGAAGGCUUUGCGGAUGUUUCUGGGGUUGUUCUUCGCGGCCAGAAAACUCACAGGUACAAUGUUGCAGGAUUCCAGACACAAAUGCCCACCAGGAACCUCACUUCAGCUGCAUUUGGUGUUGCAUGGACAAGAAAUCUCAUGCAGGAUCAGAGCCAGGACACAUGGAACAGUUGAAGCAAGCAGUCCCCGGAGACAAAAUAUAAUUGCCAUUCUCCUUACAUUGGAUGGGCAACCAGGUAGCCAUUGAACCCUCUUAAAGGAAAGGAUGCUUCCUACCACCACCAGUGCCAUGCAGAGCACAAGCAAGGCAGUGCAGACUACUGGAGAAAUAAAUUCACACAACAUAUGUGAAAACAAUAACCCCAAAAGAUGUGCAACUGAGGAAAGGCUUUGGUUUGGAGAGGAUGGAGAAGACAAGGUUUUGGAUGUGAGCUACAGCUCUCUCCAUUCUCAUGCUUAUGCCAGUAACAUGACAACAUAUCAGAAUGGCUAUGGAAAUGGCACCUCUAUUACCUAUAUAGCAAUGGAUAAUAAGGAACUGAAGAAAAAUACUACCUCAUUAUGUCACAGUGGAGAAUGUGACACAAGCAGCAGCUGUGAAAAUGAAGUCCAGGAUGAUAAAGCCAGCCCUUCCAAAAUAAUGCGCUUUUUCUCCACGCCUCGAAAAAGAUCCAGCUUCAAUGUUGAAAGGCCUCGGUCUUUGAUUGUUAUGGGGAACUCCUCAACAUGGAAUGCUUUGUCUUCCUUUAGAAAAAUGGGGUCUUUCAAGAAAUUGAAAUCCUCAGUUCUCCAAGGAAUUCCAGCCAAGGAAGACUUGGAUAGCUUAAACAAUAGUAUGCCAGAGAACAAUAACAGAAAACAUGUCCCAAACAGUACACUGGUACGAGUUCAGACAAACAGGUAUUCUUAUUCAGGGCCCUUACACGACUUGCAUAGCACAACAGAUGACACUUUUGUUUCUGAUAAUUCUGAGGGAGAGGAAAGUGAUGAUUUCUUCCUGAGGAAUACUCAUCGGUCACGCAGUAUCCGGCGUGCUUAUGGGACUGGUCGUAUAAACUUAUUAGACACUGAUAAAAGUCAGAGUUAUCAGGACAGUACCAGGACAAUUUCCCCUGUCCAGGAACCUCAAAUUUGUGAAAUUGUAGUGAAAGAUUCUGAAAGCAGUAAAGUCAUCUACAGAAGGAGCAAAAGCACAGAUAACCUCAACUUUCUCAAAAAGAGUUCAUUCAAAAGGAAGUCAAUCUCAAACCUUUCUGAUCUCAAAGCUGUUAGUGAAAAGCAAGUUGCGCAAAGGACAAGCACUUCUUCAGCUGACUCAGACAAAGCCAACAGGAACUCAGAGCGAAGAUCAAAACGCUGGAAGAGCCCAAUAAGAGCAAAGGAUUUCGACAGAGUUUUGAAACUUGUCAGUAACGUCACUGAUAUUGCAUUGAAGAAAGACAGUUCUAAAAGUGAAAUUCCCUCUUCUAGUGAACAGAGCCAAAGGACAAGACCAAAUAGUAGACUGCAUGAUGAUUAUUCACGUAGGGCUUCUAGCAACACUGAAAGUGACCGGCGGAGGUGUCUCCCUCCCAAGUGUAGCCCAGACUCAACUGUUUCCAGAUCAAGCGUCCAGAGUUCUGAGGAUGAUAAUGCUGGCAUGAAUCUAUUAAUUCUUGACACUGGUGACCAUAGGAUAUCAUCUUGCGACAUCUCAGAUUCCCUUCAUUCACCACCUGCACUUAAAGACAUUGGACCAAUUCCUGAUGAAGUGUUUUAUGAAGACUCUGAUAAGCCUAAAUGUUCCAGCCAGGUUACAGGCAGCUCUGAGCAGCCCAUCCUUCCUACUAGACCUGUUGCACCUAAGCCUCAGAGCCCUACUACUGAAACCAUUAAGUGCAAUACGAAUUUCCAUUGUCCUGACCGCCACAGCACCUUGUCACUCAGCUCAAUGGAAAGCGAGGAAAGAGGGGAGGGGCCUUCUGCCAAGCUGGAGAAGAGCCCUGUUUGCUUCCAGGACUCUGUGCAUGCGGUAUACUAUGAUGAUAUGAAUGAAGACAGUGGCAUCAGCAGUCACUCUCAGCUGAGUCUCAAUUUAGCUCCCAGUGCUGAUGAAAAGAAGGAAGAGGUUGUUACUGAUGAUCACUGGAAGAAGCCUUCACUCCAAGAUGAAGAAAGGACAGAUGCUCAAAAGGUCAUGCCCAGAAGAUGGGGCUCUGGAAAAAGAUCUUGGCCUCGACCCCUCUCAGAUUAUGGCCAGUUGGCAAUUAGGAGUUUCGCAAUACCAGAAGAUUCCGUUGCUAUGGAGUCACAGAAAGUGGACUGUGCGGAUGAUGACAAUGAGCCAAGAUCACCAUCUGUUGAACCGGCAGCUUGCACAAUAACCAACCAAAGAACUCGCAAAAGGAGACCCAUCUCUGUCAUUGGUGGGGUCAGUUUCUGUGGGAACAACCAAACUGAAGAAAUAACAGAUCUCCUUACACAACCAGUUGCACGUCCUCCAGUUCCUGCACAUCAGGUUCCUCCAUACAAAGCUGUCUCCGCUAGAUUCCGCCCCUUCACCUUUUCUCAAAGCACACCUAUUGGCCUAGACAGAGUCGGGUGUAAGCGUCAAAUGAGAGCAUCCAGUGGUGCUGCAGAUGGUGGUACUGAAUCUUCUGCCUUAGUGGAUGACAAUGGCAGUGAGGAGGAUUACAGCUAUGAAGAACUCUGCCAAGCCAGCCCAAGAUACCUGCAGCCUGGAGGGGAGCAGCUAGCCAUUAACGAGUUGAUAAGUGAUGGGAACGUGGUCUAUGCUGAGGCACUCUGGGAUCACGUGACAAUGGAUGAUCAGGAGUUAGCCUUCAAAGCUGGGGAAGUCAUCCAAGUGCUUGAAGCUUCUAACAAGGAUUGGUGGUGGGGGAAAAAUGAAGACAAGCAAGCCUGGUUUCCAGCUAGCUUUGUCAGGCUUCGGGUCAAUCAAGAAGAGCUUACAGAAAACUGUGGUAGUCUCCAAGAUGAAGAAUCAAAUGCAGACCCUGAAAAGCACCGCCAAAAAAUAGCAGAAAACAAGGAUCAGAUGAGAACGAAUGUGAUUCAAGAAAUAAUGAAUACAGAACGCAUCUAUAUCAAACACCUCAAGGACAUCUGUGAGGGGUACAUUCGGCAGUGUCGUAAACAUACAGGAAUGUUCACUGAAGCCCAACUAAAUACCAUAUUUGGAAAUAUUGAAGACAUUUACAAAUUCCAAAGAAAGUUUUUGAAAGAUCUAGAGAAGCAGUACAACAAAGAAGAACCCCACUUAAGUGAAAUAGGGUCCUGCUUUCUUCAGCAUCAAGAAGGCUUUGCUAUCUACUCUGAGUACUGCAACAAUCAUCCCGGUGCCUGCAUUGAGCUCUCCAACCUAAUGAAACAGGGAAAGUACCGCCAUUUCUUUGAGGCUUGUCGCCUGCUUCAGCAAAUGAUCGACAUUGCCAUUGAUGGUUUUCUUCUCACACCUGUACAAAAAAUCUGUAAAUAUCCCUUGCAGCUUGCAGAGUUACUCAAGUACACAACUCAAGAUCAUAGUGAUUAUAACAAUAUAAAGGCAGCAUAUGAAACCAUGAAGAAUGUUGCCUGCCUGAUCAAUGAACGUAAACGAAGGCUUGAAAGUAUAGACAAAAUUGCCCGUUGGCAAGUGUCCAUCGUCAGCUGGGAGGGGCAAGAUGUCUUAGGUAGAAGCUCAGAAUUGAUCCACUCAGGAGAACUGACCAGAAUCUCCAAGCAAGGCAAGAGCCAGCAAAGGACUUACUUUCUCUUUGACCACCAACUUGUGUUCUGUAAGAAAGAUCUAUUGAGAAGGGACAUACUAUACUACAAGGGCCGGUUGGAUAUGGACGAGGUGGAGGUUCUGGACAUUGAAGAUGGCAGAGACAAGGACUUCAAUAUCAAUGUAAAAAAUGCUUUCAAAAUUGUAAAUCAUGCCACAGAAGACGUUCAUUUAUUUUUUUGUAAAAAGGCAGGUGAUAAGAAAAGGUGGCUGGAGGCUUGUGCAAAUGAGAGGAGACGAGUGCAAGAAGACAAAGAAAUGGGAAUGGAGAUCUCAGAAAACCAAAAAAAGCAAGCCAUGCAAAGUGCACGGAAGUCAAGACAUGGAAAGAUUAAAGGUGUUGGCUACAGUGGGCGCCCAGUGCCACCACAUCAGGGUUUACAUCCUAUCCAUCAGCGUCACAUAACUGUGCCCACAAGCAUUCCACAACAGCAGGUCUUUGCUUUAGCAGAACCAAAACGGAAGCCAUCACUUUUCUGGCACACUUUUAACAAACUGACACCAUUCAAGAAAUAAAUGCCUGGAGGUCCCUGGACUAGAAGGAUGAAUAAAGGAGGGCAAAUUGCCAGCAAAGAAUUUGUUGGUCCAGCUGAAAACCCUGAAUUCUGUUCUGGAGGGAAGGAGUUGGGCUCCUUCUAACCUUCCACCACAGCCUUCAUGGAGAAGAAUGAAGUACAGGCGGUUGAGCAAAGAAGGCUGCCAUCUGAAGCAAAUGUUGCCCAGUGUCAAUAAACAUUCCUGAUAAGGAACCUGUCAUUCAGUCACAAGCAGAAAUUGCUGCUAUCCUAGACAGUGGCAUCCUGUUUAUGUUGUACUUGUACCAAAGGAAUGGUUAAAAUCUCUGGGUCAUUUUGCUUGUCUUAAUAAUGAAUUGAUGGCCAAAUUUAGAAAUAGGAAGGAAAGCAUUUCCUCCCCCACCCCAACAUAGUGUGUUGGGAAAAGAGGUGUCAGACAGGUAAAUGUCUCAUGGGAACAGACUCACAUUUCUGCAAGAACUGCUGAACUUCAGUCCUUUCUAUUUGUUUGAGUACACUUUUUCUGUUAAUUUAACUAAGUGGGAAUAGGACUUCCUGAAAAGCCUUAGCGUCUUCCUAGCAAAAUGGAAGAAAAUGUUACCUUGGUGACAUGAACAUAGAUUUUCCCAUGUUGUUGCAUAUAAUGAAGGAAGGACCCAAUGCAUCAUGAGUUGAUUCUUACAAAAACAGUACUUGGCCGCAUGCUUUAUAUGCAUUUCAAGAAAGUGAUUUCAUUUUAUGUGGGUACCAACAAUGUUUCAGCUUGUGAAAAUUGCUUCCGUAAUUUCCAGUAUCCAUACUUUUUACACUAUGAACAGCUGAAGUGUUCUCUGUUUUUAAUGGCAUUAAUGUGACUGUACGAAGAAUAAGAAUCUAAGAGACUGUUAACUCAAAAGGGGUUUUGUCACUACAUCUUGUAAAAAUACCGAUUCCAUCCAGUUUGUGUUACCCCAGAAAAGGUCUCCAGGCAUUUGGUUAUUAUUGCAUACAUCAGUGACGUGAGAGACUUCCUUAGUGAUCAUUUCUUUGCAGUGAUGUCAAGAGGAUCCUGUACAGGGACCAGCAAUGGCAUCAGAAAUAAACUUCAAUUAAAAUUCAGGUCAACUGUGGCCUGUUUAUGGAACAUUAAAAUUGUAUCUUGUUUUGAUUUGCCUUGUUCUGUUCUGUGAAAUUUGUUUUAGCAUAGUUUUUACUAAGUAUUUGACCUUAAGGAAACUGUCACAUGGCACAUAUUAUUCCCAUACCCACCCACGUCCAAGUGGUAAUAUAAUACUUAUAUUAAAUAUAUGUUAUCUAAAGGAUGAAGUGGAAAACGGGCUCUAUUUCAAAUAUGGUUUCCAGUUGGCAGAAUAUAAUCAGGGAUGUUUUUGGAUAGCAGAAAGUAGAUUCAGAAAUUUGUUUGACUGAAAACUAGUUUUUUUGCAAGUAAAUCUCUUAAACUACAUGAAAGACAAUGGGCAGCAGCCAGGCUUCUUGAUCACAAUGUGAAAUGUAAAAGACAUAUUUGGCUGCACUGCUAUGUACUUUUACUUGGAAAGUUAAUAACUUUGAAUUCAUUUGGACUUGAUUCUGAAUUUCUAUUUCUGUGUCUCCCCACCCCACCCACAUGCACACAGAUGACAGAAUCUUGUUUUAUGUUGAACUGAGACUUAAGUGGUCCAAAGCUUAGCCAUAUAGUGUCAUAGCAUAUGUCAACCCUCCUCAGCCAAGUGCCCUGUGUCACAUUAUACAUCUCCCAGCAUGACUGGGGAUGGUGGAGGUCUUAGUUCAAACAAAGGCUGAGGAAGGCUGAUAUCCCUGUAGAUGGUUUUAAAGAUUGUUAACUUGAUUGGCAGCGUCUGUAAUAGACAAUAAAAGCCUUAUUAUCUGAUAAGACACAAAUGCUGACGUACUGAUAGAUUUAUUCACUGAGGAAGGAUGUUGAAAUUAAGUUCUUGUACUGCAUUUUCCUAUAGUAAAAGUGAUCUUUUAAAACUGAAGUGAUAGCUUUUAAGGACAGGCAUGCUAGAUAUGCCUUCUGUACAUAGCUCAGCAAUGUCUGUAAAAACCCUUGAUGCUUGGCUGCUUUGUCCAGCAUGCUAUGAGCGUCACUGCUUGCCUUUCAAUAUUAACUUUUGUAAAUGAUAUCACUGAGAACUGGAAAAGUGGAAUUAUAGACUGGCAUUUUACUUGCAGCAAAUAUUCAGUUGUUUAAAAAGUGCUUUAAAACAGGUUGAUACUUUUUUCUUUGUGAUGCCACUUUGAUUCUGGAUUUUUCCCCUGUUAUACAGUUGCUAAAACCUGAGAAGCUUCAAGACUGAACUGGUCCAUAGCAGUGUCUGUCUCAGUCCAAGUGCCCAUACCGUGGAUAGAGUUUGUACAACUCGGUAAUUAAUUGGAUGGUGUUAAAUUGAGCAGCCCUUCAUAGAGUGUAGGAUGCAGAAUGGCUCCCACCAUUUCUUUGUUCUGUUCUCAUAAAGAUGCUUGCUGAAUGUGCCCUGAUGAGAGUAGGCAACCUGUGGCAACAGGAGAAACAUUGGUCCUACUCCCAGCUCUCUUUCCCCCCCUCCCUCCGCCCCUUCAGAAGUACAGUACCCUGUGGAAACCAAGGAUAGUCCUAGGUAACUUUGGGCCUUUGCCCCCAGUGUCUUUCCCUUCCAGGAAAUGCUGCAAUUUUAGCACUGGAAAGGAGCAAAGAACACUUUGGACUUUGCCUGUAGAUGCACUGACAUUACUUCAGGAAACUCUCAUAUUGCAAAGAGAGGGAAAUCAUUAUUUAGCUUACUCAGGAACAAUGUUAUGUACAGUACUCUGCAAGUCCAAGUGAUUUAGCUAAUUAUCUUCACCAUUACUUCUUGAAACCUAGUUCUGCUUUGUAUGAAGAAAUUGGCACUUGUAAAUGGUUUUUCAGAUGUUGGAGCUAGCUACUGUAGUAAAUCACAAUGCUUAGACAUGUUUGGACUUUGGAAGAUCUGAAGGCCGGAAAAAUAGACUGGGUUUAGACUCUUUAAAGUCUGUUGGUAUACAUGUAAUACUUUCAACCAAAGUGGCAUUACCCAGGAAAAGCAAUAUAGUAUUGCUGGCUGGGAGCCAAAGAGCUACUUCAAACUAGUUAAAGGGGUUGGGGGGUGUCUUUCCCUCUGCACUGAGAAGUAUUACAAACUGGUUUUUGCAACUCUCCUUGCUUUCAGAUUUGUUUGACAAUUGCACCAUGGUUGGCUGCUGUUUAAAAAAUACAAAACCAGCCCUACUUUGGAUAUGCAGAAUUAAUUGGACGGUUCUUUACAUCCUGGCCCAGGACCUUGUGAAAAUCCGCUAUACAUUUAAGAAAAUUGUGUUUGCAGCUCACCAUAAGCUUGCCUUGAUUAGGUUCUCAUCAUGUUCAUGUCAUUUUUAAUAAUCUAGUUUGCUUUAAAUUUGUAUAUCACUACCAUCCCUGCUGCCAAAACGGAAGUAAGAAUUGAACUCUUAAUUUCCACAGAAACCUGUGCACUGUUUUAUUAUAUGCAGUGAUUUGAAGCUUGGGUCCCCAGAUGUUCAUCAGCAGCUUCUGUUCAUGAUCAAUGGCCAUGCUGGCUAUAGGUGACAAAUUGUAAUCCAGCAACAUCUGGCAACUCAGUAUUGAGAACUGUAUUAUGAUAACUGACCACAACUGGUGCCUCAAGUCACUCAAGCUCAGCUUAACAAGAGACACCCCUUUUUUAAAUGGUUCCCUCAAAAAGCACACUUGUUUCUUGGGAUAAGCUAGAACCAUGGCUUCUAUGGCUUGCUACUAGUAUAAUCCUUGUGCAAAUAAGUGAGUUUUAAUAGUGGCUUACAUUUCAAUAUUAAAGUGAAGGAGCUUAAUAACUGAAAUAUUUCACAUUUCAUUGUGUGGGGCAUUAUGAUUUUUAUUUAAAAAUUUAGCUUGGAUUUUGAGCCAAAGGACUUCAGCCAUAUUAAAAUGGUAUAUUUUUUGUCAAUUUGCCUUUUUCAGUGUGUAUGGGAUAUGUCUUUGGAAUGAUGCUGUAAUUUAACAUUAUUGGUAUAUGUUAGGGCUACUUGUUUAACUUGCCGGUAUAUUUUAUUUUGACCAGUGUUCUGUAACAUCUUUUUUUCUGUAUAUGCUUUGAGCAUCUUAACACCUGUGUACUGCUGUGUAUGUUGCAAGCUAGGGGUCAUGGCUUCAGAAAAAAAUGACCUGGUUAUUGACAGCUGAAAUUUGAUGUAUAGGAUUCCUUUUACUAUCACAUCUAUUUGCUGUGAAGUGACUGUUGCCAGCUUUAUUUGCAUUCGAUGUGCUUUUUAUAUCUAUAUAAAAACUAUUUUCU